CGACGGGCUUCGGGAAAGGUUCUGCCGAGGGACACCGCCUGCCCGGGUGCUCCGCUGGCAUCCAAGGCGAUCCAUAGCUUUCGAUGUGUUGCUGCAGUGAAGGGAAUAGUGCUGGUCGGGACUGACUCGCUUCUUGGUGAGAUUUACUUCAAGCGGUCUACUUUACAUUACUCUUUCCCUCUCUGAAUACACCUACUUCUCCGUCCACCAACUCAAGGAUUCAAUCCUUUAUUGUUCAUAACCCCACUUCUACUGCCCCUCUCAUAAGCUACAGUCAUUUCUGUGUCCCAAGAUGGUGCUCGAUUACAGCAAGUGGGACGCUCUGGAGCUGUCCGAUGACUCGGAUAUCGAAGUCCACCCUAAUGUCGACAAGCGCUCGUUCAUUCAGGCCAAACAGAACCAAAUCCACCAGCAGCGGAUGCAUCGCCGGCUUGAAAUCGAGACCCUGAAAUACGAACGGAUCAUCAACGACGGACUUCUCUCGCGCAUUAACAAACUCCUUGCGAUCCUGCGGGAAAAUGAAGGCUCGAAUACCCCCGAGGAAUUCGUUUUCCAGGUCCUCAUGGAGAGCGCAGCAAACCCCGCCGAGGAUUCGCCCCCAGAGGCACCGGAAGGUGUCCACUCGCAGGUGAAGGAGCAGCCGAAAUACUCUCAGAUGAUGAGCUCCCUGGUGGACCAGGUCAAGCAGGAGAUCGGCGAUGUCAGCACGGAGGAAAAGACCAAGGCGUACAUCAAAGGGGUGCAGGGACACAAGGACAAGGUGCAAGGACUGCAGAAGGAACUUCUGGAAAAGCUCGCUCAGCUCGAGAAGGAAGAGAGCAGCAAAAUUACGAGUGACAUGCUGCACACUGGAUUCGACACAUCUCAUAUCGCCAAGGUCGAGGCCGACAAGGGCAAGGCGGCUCAGUCAGAGUCCGUUGAGCUUCUGAAUCCGGGAGCAGGAAGCCAAGCCUCAUCGCAGAAGCCUGGCGCCGAUGACGACGAGGAAGAGGAUCCAGAGAACAUGAAGGCUAGCGAUCUGGCCAAGCGAUUUGCGAAGAUCAGCCGUAGCGACUACCGGGCGUUGCAGCAAUUCAUCGGCGAGAACCCACAAAUUGUCGCAGAGAAAGAAACCGACGGUCUCCUGGUUGAGGCUUUCAAUAGUCAAAUGGCCGGAAAAGAUGACUAUGCCCGUCAGUGUGUUCACCAAGGUCUGCUGCUGCAAUACUGCCGCUCUUUGGGCCGCGACGGAAUCUCCUUGUUCUUCAAGCGCAUCACUACUAAGGAUCACCAAGCGUCAACCCUCUUCCAGAAAGACGUCACUGAAACCUACCACAGAAUCAAGACCCGCGCCGCGGAGCUCGCGAAGGAUAGCUCCGCGUCUAACGACCCUGCCGGGGUGGAACAAAUCCAGCUUCAUGCUGUGGAUCCCAACACGAAGAUUACAAUCAACAUCCCUGCUGCAGACAGUACGGAGCAGAUCGAGAUCGAGGCCCGCAAGGUGUUUGAGUCUUUCUCUCAAGAUCUUCAGAAGGCCCUGGCCUCGGAGUCUCUGGAUGAGGUCAACAAGGUGCUCGGAAAGAUGAGCGUGCCGGAAGCCGAAGAUAUUAUUGAGAAGCUCGGAGACAGCGGCAUGCUUAGUCUGGAGGAAGGAAUUGUCGAUGCUACCACGGAAGAGGGCAAGAAGAAGCUAGAGGAACUCGAGGCUGAGGGCAAGAGGGAAAAGAAGGAAGAGAUAGGCGAGCCCGGAGGUGAUGUUGCCGAGCUGGACUAAAUCCGCGGAUUGCUGUAUAGUACAGCUGGCUUGGCUUCAGGGGCAUUGUGACCCGACAACCUUUUAUCCAAUUACCCCAAAAUUGUCGUGUUUAGGGGUUUCUAUAUAUUUGUACAAUCCUCGCAUUAAUGAACAAGCGUCGUGUUCUAUCAUUCCAGGUUUGCGUAACAGACCGACCUGCAAGUCCCUACUAAAUAUAUUGACAAGAUA